UAUCGCAUUUCUUCUUCACAAGUCGAUAAUGUAAUUUUAAUCAUCAUUAUUGUAAUUUUCCGUUUUUAUAUAUUACUCGUUUAAAUACCGUGACGUAUAUAACUGAAUCGUUCGUUCAGUGCCUGACUACAGUGUAUUCCCGGACAUCCAUCGCGCUGUGCAGCGGUAGAAACAGGGAUUUGCGUUGCUGGUGAAUUAUUUAUCGAUCCCGGCUUCGCGCUACAGCGUUGAAUAAAAUUAAUAUAUUGUUUGGAUUUGGAUAUCGUAUCGAGAGUGGUGUCGCAUGUGUUAUUAAACCUCGUCUCGCCUUCCAGUGCUCAUCGUCGUCGUCGUCGUGUCCAAUAAUAGCGUCGCAAGUGCACGGACCAAGUGUGUGAAAUUAGAAUAGCAUAUACAAAUAUGCGAAAUCGAACGACUAUUAACGCGGAGACUGUAAUAAAUGAUAAUAUACUAAACUGAUAAAAAUCAACACUCCGGUAUCGAAGGUGGAAAAAUUAUCACAUCUAGUGUAUUUGAUUAUAAUAUUUGGUCUUCUCUCUUCACAUACGCGAUUUAAUCCAGCGGCGCCACGGCUCGUUUUUAUUGCUGAUAUAUUAUACGGCAAAUAAAUAUUUGAGCGUGUUUUACGCGUAGUACGUUUUUUUUUUUCUUUUUUUUUCAAAUGAAACAUCUCGAAAGUGGUGGAAACGUAAAAAGGAGAGAAGAAAAAUCUUUAUUUGCACCAACUGAUAUCGCUCAUAUUCUGCGUGCAGACCGCUAAAAAUAGAGCCGACAUCUCUGACAAAAUAUUUACCGCGAACAAACAAUAUUCGUCAAAUGUUCACGGGGAAGUAAAUUGAACUGUUGAUGUAUAACGGAGACGAAAAAAAAAUAUACGUACAUUAUAAAAUAAAAUCUUAUACAGCCUCUUAUACAUCACUCACGUGUUGUUACGUAUAAACCAUAGAGUGACGAGAAGUGGAAAUCUUAUCGAUAAACUAAAACGGCGAAUAAUCAAAUUUCAACAACUAAUCCAUAAUUCAAUAUCUACUCGAGGUGAAGAAUAUUAUUCAACUCUUUUCUCUCCGUAAUACUAUUCUUGCUUUUUAAAAUCCUAUAAAAAUGUUCGUCAGUCUCGAAAUAUUGUGUUUACACAUGUGUGAUAAUUCGCGGUGGUUCCAGUGAUAUCACUCGGAUAUAAACGAAGAUUUUACAGGCUUACGACGGUUAAAUCAAGACUUUGAGUCCGUAAGAUUUAAGGAUCGAUUUGCAUUUUUCUUUUUAAAUUCGUGAAUGAAUUUCACCGUGUGUGUGUAUACAUAUUUGUUACACGUGUAACCAAACCAGUUAUAACGAAGCGGAAAGAGGAAUAUUGGCGAAAUACCGUAUAACCUUCCUUAAAACGUGAAAUAAUCCAGUACGCUGAACGAUAUACUUGUACAAAGUUGUUAAAAAAAAUAAAACAAAUAAAUAAAUGGCGCCCGCGAACACGUUGAAUUGGUCAGAACCGCGCCAGGAAUGGCGUUAUCCAAAAUUCUGUCUGUCGGGUCAAAGGGGCGAUAAACCAGCGUCGAAAAGCACGUUGGAAGUCAACGAAAAGGAGGCCGACAGUGCCUACAAGAAGAUUUGCAAAUUUUUACGAAAUCUCGGUGUUAAAAAACGCAAGGAUGGCAGCAAGGUGACCACCGUAGUGGCAAGUGCAGGAGCUGGGCCGGACCGUCCUCAAGAAGUUGCCUACACCGACACCAAAGUCAUCGGAAAUGGAAGCUUCGGUGUCGUUUACCAGGCCAAGUUGUGUGACACCGGCGAAAUGGUUGCCAUCAAAAAAGUCCUUCAGGAUAAACGAUUUAAGAACAGGGAACUUCAAAUCAUGCGACGUCUAGAGCAUUGCAACAUCGUAAAACUUAAAUAUUUCUUCUAUUCUAGUGGUGAUAAGAAAGACGAGGUGUAUCUCAAUCUAGUGCUGGAAUACAUCCCAGAAACUGUGUACAAAGUGGCCAGACACUAUAGCAAAAGCAAACAAACGAUACCCAUCAGUUUCAUCAAGCUAUACAUGUACCAGCUUUUCCGGUCAUUAGCAUACAUUCAUUCGUUGGGAAUAUGCCACAGAGAUAUCAAACCGCAAAAUCUUCUUUUGGAUCCGGAAACGGGCGUGCUUAAGCUCUGCGAUUUUGGUUCAGCCAAACAUUUGGUUAAGGGUGAACCAAAUGUAUCCUAUAUUUGUAGUCGCUAUUAUCGUGCACCAGAACUCAUUUUCGGUGCAAUUGACUACACCACAAAGAUUGAUGUAUGGAGUGCAGGCUGUGUGCUAGCAGAAUUAUUACUUGGUCAGCCAAUAUUCCCUGGCGAUAGUGGCGUCGAUCAACUUGUCGAGAUCAUAAAAGUUCUUGGCACACCGACUCGUGAACAAAUCAGAGAAAUGAACCCCAACUAUACAGAAUUUAAAUUCCCUCAGAUCAAGUCACAUCCCUGGCAAAAGUUAAUGCUUCAACGAAUGAGCGCGCCUAAAUGUUCGACCGAGCACCAAAAAAUUAGAGUAUUUAGGGCACGUACACCGCCCGAAGCAAUGGAACUUGUUGCCCGACUUCUAGAGUACACGCCAUCCUUGCGAAUGACGCCCCUGCAAGCCUGUGCUCAUUCAUUUUUCAACGAAUUGAGGGAGCAAUGUACUCGAUUGCCAAAUGGUCGUGAACUUCCACCUCUUUUCAACUUCACGGAACAGGAACUGCAAAUUCAACCAACCCUGACUCCUAUCCUUAUCCCAAAGUACAUGCAACCAUCGGAUAAUCCUGGUGCCCAGUCAGAAGCUACUAAUGCAGCUGCAGGAGCCAGCGGUAACUCUAGCGAUAAUAGCGCAAACAUCAGUACACCGACCACCACACAAAACACGGACCCAAGCCAGUCGAACAUGGCUUAGAAUUCAUUUUUUUACAUUUUAAAAAAUUAAAGAAAUUAUACUAGAAUACCCUGAAAAUAACUUUGAGAGCUUCUGAAGAGGAUGUAUCAUUCUAACAUUCUAAACUGAAUCGAGACACUCUGCGCAGUUCCUCCUGGACUAUUGUACAGUUUUCAUCAAGCUUACACACUUGAUUUUUUAUACACUUAAUCACAUUAUGUUCACACAGCUCAGACUUUUAGUAUUUUCUUGAACAGCAAUUUAUAUAAAGUAUUAGUCCGGCACUGGUAAUGGAAAUUGGUACUAAAAUCGUGUUAGACGAAUUUUACCAAAGUAUAAGGUUUCUCUAAAAUAUUUCCAUGUAUGGCUUCGCAUUGACAAGUUCAUACGAUUAACUAACUCGAGUUCUGAAAAAUAUUCUUACAUAUAAUAUUCUUUAUUUUGUAUACACGAACCAAUUGAAAGCUUCGCUUUUAAAUUUAUUCAUGUGUCUUUGCAAACUUUGACUAAAUGGCUUAAAGCAAUUUAACAGCAUUAAAAUUGAAAAAAAGAAAUUAAGUUGUGAGUAGAAUAUUUGAAAGAAACUGUCACGAAUUGUAUAAAGUCCAGGCAAAAGUUCUGUUGCCGCUAUGGAAUUAGUCUACAAUAUGGGGACUGGUUAGAACUAGAAGCCUCUUCCGUCAACGUAAAAAGCAACAUGUUAGUUGAAAAUAUGUAAUCUAAGAUUUAGUAGCAAAAAUAUUGCUUGCAUCGUCUUUUUAAGUAAUUACGAAGCUAGCUUGAAAAAAAUGCCAGUCGGAUUGAAGUACACGCUACAUUAAACUCUCAUUACGAUAAGUACAUGACGUUUCAUUUAUUACAGACCAAGAACCAUGGUUUAAAAGGAAAAGAAAAAGAGCCAGAAAAAAUGUUGUGCUGGUAAAAAAGUUUUAGAAGGUAGAGAAAUACUAAAAUAAUCGUACGAUAUUCUGUACCAAGUGAAAUAUCCUGUACAUAUAAUACGUGUAGUAGUAUUUUUAAUUUUUGUGUUCAAACUUUAACACAUGUGAUUACUACAGAUAAUAUUAUAAGUGUGUUUCAUUCAAAUGCUCGAAGUGUGUGCGAACGAAUCGUCGUAGACGAUAUUUGAAACCUUAAACACGUAUUUCUAACAUGACUAGAGAGAACUUAGACAAAAAUGUUAUCAGCUAAUUAUAUUAUUGUCAAAGUAUAGUUGAAUAGAAAGUGCAGCCAUAUUAAAAUGAGUUUCCAAUUAAAUUUUCAUGAUACGAACUGCAUACUUGUAAAGACGGUUUCUCUUUCGACUUCCAUAUUUACCAUAUUUAUUCUGCUGAUUGUCUAGAUAUUUCUUCUCUCUUUUGUUUUUUGUUUCUUCAAUUUUUGUGAAAAUUAGCUUACAUUGAAAAUAUUGUUCCCUGGUUGGACAUAUACUUGGAGACGGUUAGUAACGUGGAUUUUUCAUUUUUUCUGAUCGAUAUAAAUUAUCUGACGAAAGGGUAAACAGUUACGUUUUUCAUUCUUACUUAACUUUUCGAACAGUAAGCUGUUUUGCAUUUUGUUCGUAUCUACACGAUAUAUACUGUUUAGUAUACCUACAGACAUGCAUAUCAUAAUAUUGCAAAGAAAAGCUGCUGAUAAUGGGAAUUGAGAAAGGUACGUCUGUGCGCGAGGCGAAAACAUGAAAACGUAAAUAGUCUUUGACGUGUAUUUAAUAUGUGGGAAUUUCACUGUUCCAUUAUUGCAUUAGACACGUCGCAAUUUGGCAGAACGAGACUACAGCAUCAUGAGAGCACAUUUUGGUCGUACUCAUUUACUACAGAUGGUGGAUAAACCAUUGUUGGCAAUAAUAUAGGAAUGGACGUACCUGAACCGUUGAUUUCCUUCUUUAAAAAGAAGAAAGAGCUGACCAUUCGUUUUAGAAUUUUAUAAAUGUUGAUAUUUCAUUAAGUUUUCCAUGAUUGCUCCGUUUAACGAUACGCUAUAGUUUUGAUUCUAAAUUAUCGAUUAAAAUCAAUAUUCAAAAUUAACAACUUUUGGACUGCAAUCUCUGGUUUACAAUAUUCACCUACUCCGAUUGAAAAAAAAGUGAAAUAGGAAAUCGUAAGUCGACAUGUGUUGCUUAUAACAUGAUAAUGGCAUUGAAUUGCCAGUUUUAAUAAUUUUACGUAAAUAAUUUAUUUAUCUUAGGACUCUGUUUAUUAUACUUAAAUUUUUCAACAGGCACAACUAAAAAUAGAAGUUGGUCCAUUCUCAAAACGUCAUACUUUGAUUAUAAUAAGUUAUUUCGUAUUUCAGGCGGAGAAAAACAUUAAAUUCAAAACCGAGGAGGUCAAAUAACGCUGUGAAUGGUAAUAAGACACGAAGUUUGAAUCGCACGCCUUAACAGAUUGUUGAUUAUUUAUCGUAAUUAUUAUUGUGAAUAAAUAAAUUGAUUGAA